UCUCGCACCGCUCUCAGACGGUUCGAGAGUUUGUUGUCAACGAGACCAGCAAGAUUGUUCCUGUCACUCGUCUCCAAUAUUUGGUAAUCUCGUCGAACACACUGCAAAAUGGAUGAGUUCCAGACCGGAGAAGAGACCGCCUUUGUAACAGAUGAAGUAACAAACAUCAUUAAAGAGUCGAUUGAGGGUGCAAUAGGCGGCAAUGCUUACCAGCAUAACAAGGUUAACCAGUGGACUUCCAAUGUAGUGGAGCAGUGUCUCAAUCAGCUCACAAAACUAGGAAAGCCAUUCAAAUAUAUUGUGACAUGUGUAAUAAUGCAGAAAAAUGGUGCAGGGUUACAUACAGCAAGCUCCUGCUUUUGGGACAAUACAACAGAUGGUAGCUGUACCGUGAGAUGGGAGAACAAGACCAUGUACUGUAUCGUCAGUGUGUUUGGACUCGCCAUAUAAGGACUUCAAAGAAUGACAAGACAUCUUAUUCUGUGGUUUUAAAGACAAAUGACAAAGUCAAAGUGAUCAGAGCCAUUCUAUGUGUACACAAGUCCAGAAAUUGCCAUUGUAUAUAUCAUAGAAUUGGUAAAAUGACACCUACAUCACCAAGAUCACUUUGAGGUUCUGUUUACAAGAUAUUUAAAAUUUGAAAAAGAACAUCAGCUUCAUAAACCAGCACAAUGACAACUUAAUAUGUCAAUGAUAUCUGGAUCUGACUUGCACAGCAGGUUUUUUUCAGUCUUUUGUUGAAUUAAAAUAAUUGUUGAAGAUAUUUUUAACAUAUGCAUCAAAGAGCAUUGUAAAAAGAAUUGAAAGAAAAAAAGAAUUGAAAGAAGAAGUUUGAAUAUGGUAAUUCAAGAUAUUAUGAACAAAAAAUAGUAUGACAUAUUUGUUCAGUUAAACACCAAGUCCAAAGCUUGAUGUAUUUAUUUCUAAAGUUAAAAAAUGUGUCCUUUGAUAAUUAUCAUUCAUUAAAUUGACCUCUCGGUGACCUUUUUUUAAUGAGUGACAUCAUUUUAUUUGUGUUAAAAUACUUCAGUGAAGAACUAAAUGAUAAUUCAUAGAUUAAACAAAAAAAAAUCAGGACAAAUGUAACUUUUCAUUGUUUAACUUGCAGUAUUAGCCAGAAACAAUGGUACAGUUUUCUCUUGAGACACAAUUUAAAACCUCUAGUUGUAUAUUUCAGUUUUCUGUGAUAUCAGUUGGGUUUUCUUUCUUUUUUAGUUUCCACACAAGAAUAAUCAUCAAAUCUCCAUAUAGCUAGUCUUGUGUGGUUGGUGAGAUAGAAGGAGUCAACCCAUGACAAAUUCUCUUAUUUAUAUACAUUUCAUGACAGAAAAAAUAUGACCAAUCUAAAAUAUAGGUUUCAUGUUAUUUUGAAUUUUUCAAGUAGCAUGUGUAAUGUGCUGUCCUCUUGAUACUAAGUUCAAAAGUACAAGGCUUAGUAUUGUAUAUAUAUGUCUAAAAUACAAUAUAAAAUUUUUCAUUACAUGAUAAUUUCUGCGAUCUUUGGAAUGAUUUAUAAUACUAUUAUUAAUACAUAUUUAUUGCAAAGGAUAAAAGCAUUGCAUUAUGUUAAGAAACGCCAUGAAUUUGAAAAUGAUUCCAUUAAUAGAUUUUGUACACCAGAUUAUUAGGAGUUUCUAUUAUUUGUAAAGUUUUGCAAGUAAGCAAAAUCCCCUGAAACAAGUUUUGUUGAGACACAGUAUUUUAAAAAUUGAAAUAAUUGAAUAAAUAUGAGUACAUGUAUCUGGUACAUUUUCUUUAAGUCUUUUUAUUACAAAAUAGCUAUUAACUGUGUGAAACAAGUGUUUAUUGUAUAGUCAGAAUGUAGCAUCUGGUGUAUUUAUUGAUUUUUUUUUCUUAAUAAAUUGUGUUCAGAUACAAA